GCCCGGGACCAGUGAGCGGGGACCGCGGCGCGGCGGCAGCGCCAGAAAGCGCCGCUGCUCAGCUGUAGUCCACGCCCCCUUCCCGCCCCGGUGACAGUCUCUGCGGAAAGUCGCGUUCGUGAUUUCUGGAGAGCACCCAGCGGGACGACGACGGCGGUCUUGCCCGGUGGUUCGGGCCAAGCGACGAGGAAGCGGUUUCCCGGCGAACUGCCCACCCCUCCCCCGGCGCCCCUAGGGUAGCCCGUACCUGUAGGGCCUGAAGAUGCUGAGGUCUAUGUGGAAUUUUCUAAAACGUCAUAAAAAGAAAUGCAUCUUCCUGGGCACGGUGCUCGGAGGAGUAUAUAUCCUGGGAAAAUAUGGACAAAAGAAAAUCAGAGAAAUACAAGAAAGAGAAGCUGCAGAGUACAUUGCUCAAGCAAGACGACAGUAUCAUUUUGAAAGUAACCAGAGGACUUGCAAUAUGACAGUGUUGUCCAUGCUUCCGACACUGAGAGAGGCCUUGAUGCAACAACUCAAUUCUGAGAGCCUAACCACUCUGCUAAAAAACAGGCCUUCAAACAAGUUGGAAAUAUGGGAGGAUCUAAAGAUAAUAAGUUUCACAAGAAGUAUCGUAGCAGUAUACAGUACUUGUAUGCUGGUGGUUCUUUUGCGAGUCCAGUUAAACAUAAUUGGUGGAUAUAUUUACCUGGAUAAUGCAGCAGUUGGCAAAAAUGGCACUACAGUUCUUGCUCCCCCAGAUGUCCAACAGCAAUAUUUGUCAAGUAUUCAACACCUCCUUGGAGAUGGCCUGACAGAAUUGAUCACAGUCAUUAAACAAGCUGUGCAGAAGAUUUUAGGAAGCGUUUCUCUUAAACAUUCUUUGUCUCUUUUGGACUUGGAACAAAAACUAAAAGAAAUCAGAAAUCUAGUUGAACAGCAUAAAUCUUCUUCUUGGAUUAAUAAAGAUGGAUCCAAAUCUUUAUUAUGCCAUUAUAUGAUGCCAGAUGAAGAAACUCCAUUAGCAGUUCAGGCCUGCGGGCUCUCUCCUAGAGAUGUUACCACUAUUAAACUACUCAAUGAAACUAGAGACAUGUUGGAAAGUCACCCAGAAGACAACCAGAGUGUUAAAAAUGGAGAAAGCAUCAGACUAUGCAGUGGAAGACUGGAAGACCUAGAUUCAGUUUUGGCUUUCCUGUUCAUCAGCUGUUCAGCAUUGGCUGAGCCACUUAAACUCUUUGAGUUUCCACCAAAUCACUCGACAGAAUUCUUAUAGAAAAGGUCAUCAUUGAUCUCUUGCCAAAUCCAGCCAAAAAUGUUUGUCUGACUUGGCCAUUCUCUGAUAAUUAACGCUGUUGGUCAAGCCUUUCUUAAAAUUCUUUUCUCAAGUGGCUUCCAUGACCAUAAUCUCCUAAUUUCUCUCCACGUUCUCAGAUUAUUUCUUCUUAGUUUCCUCUUUAUCUGUCUUUCUUACAAACAUUAGUUUUCUAAGGUAUUUGUUCUUAUUUCAUCCUCAGCUGUCCCAAGUAAUUUCAUAUUCCCCCAUUGCUUUAACAACUAUCUGUAUGCUAAUAAUUCCCAAAUGUAUAGCCCCUUGCCCAACACUCCCAUGCACUUGAGAUUUCUAGAUGUCAAAAAUCAAAUUAAUCUGUUCACCUAGGUAUUUCUAACUUUAUAACACAUAUAUAUUAUUCUUUAUAUCAAAGAGGUUUUAGGGCUCAUGAGUAGCUCAGUAAGUUAAGCAUCCAGCUCUUGAUCUUGGCUCUUUAGCUGUCCUUUUUGGAUAGAUGAUCUCAGGGUUGUAAAUUCAGUCCCCAGACUGGGCUCCAAGCUGGGCAUGGAACAUACUUUAAAAAAAAAAAAAAAAAGAGGUUUUGUGAGAUACUUACAUAAUGUAACAAAAGAGCUUGAACUUUAAGAUCAAAAAAGCCUGGGUUCAAAUUCUAGCUCUCCCAUUUACUAAUUACAUACCUUUGGACAAAUUUCCUCAUCUCUUAAGUAUCCAUUUUCUCAUCUGUACAUGAUAAUAAAAUUUUCUGUCUCACUGGGAUGUCAUGACACAGUAUGUAAAGCAAACCAAUAUCUGUGACUAUAAGAUGAUUCCUCUUCAAGAAUUUCCUAAAGAGGGGUGCCUGGGUGGCUUAGUCAGUUAAGCAUCUACCUUCAGCUCUGGUCCUGCUCUCAGGGUCCUGGGA